UUAGGGCAGGGUGAGGGUGACGCCCCAAAGGUUAAAGCCGGGGUGCCACAUCCCACUUCUCUUCUCUCCCUUGUCCUCGUCAGUCAUUUUUGGAAAAAGGAGGCACGAUGACCGAAAGCAUCAAGGGAGUUGAGAGGUUUGACAGUCCGGGAAAAGGACGAGGUCUCCGCGUUACCAAACCCUUUAAAGUUGGGGAGCUGCUGUUUUCCUGCCCGGCUUACUCUUAUGUACUGACAGUGAAGGAGAGAGGCUGCUUCUGUGAGUGCUGCUUUACCAGGAAAGAAGGCUUGGCAAAAUGUGGGAAGUGCAAGAAAGCCUUCUACUGCAACGUGAAAUGCCAGAAAGCGGACUGGGCCAUGCACAAGCUGGAGUGCUCUGCAAUGACUGCAUUUGGAGAGAACUGGUGCCCAUCAGAGAUGUCCCGCCUGGUGGCCCGGAUCCUCGCCAAGAAGAAAACACAGAAAGAAAGAUGUGUUUCAGAGAAGAUCUUGCUCAUAGGUGACGUGCAAUCGCACGUGGAAGAUGUAGAUAAUGAGAAAAGGGAGAUGACUGAGGUUGAUGUUGCCGGACUGCAUCGUUUUUACUCCAAACAUUUGGAAAUACCCGACCAUAAAGACCUGCUCACACUGUUCUCCCAGGUUGCCUGUAAUGGUUUCACUAUAGAGGAUGAUGAACUGUCCCACAUUGGUACUGCAAUCUACCCAGAUGUGGCACUGAUAAACCACAGCUGUCUUCCCAGCGUUAUAGUCACAUAUGACGGGACGUCAGCAGACAUUCGUGCAGUGAAGGACAUGAAGCCUGGAGAUGAAGUGCUAAUCAGCUACAUAGACCUCCUCUAUCCAACAGACGACCGCAACAACAGGCUGAGAGAGUCCUAUUACUUCACCUGUGAGUGCCAGGAAUGUAAAAGCAGGUCCAUGGAUAAGGCAAAGUUGAAAGUGCGUAAGCAGAGUGACCCCUUCGAGCCAGAGGUCAUCAACAACAUGGUGCGCUAUGCCAGGAAAACCAUCAGAGAGUUCCGGGCCCAUAAAAAUAUAAAAACCCCUAGUGAGUUGCUGGAGAUGUGUGAACAGAGCCUGGAUCAUAUGGGAGCUGUCUUUGACGACUCCAACAUCUACAUGCUCCACAUGAUGUACCAGGCCAUGGGGAUUUGUCUCUACAUGGAGGACCCAGAGGGAGCCAUCAGUUAUGGCGAGAAGAUUAUCAAACCUUACAGCAAGCUGUAUCCACCCUACUCUUUGAAUGUGUCCUCCAUGUACCUGAAGUUGGGCAGGCUGUACAUGGGGCUAGAGAAGCACUCAGCGGGCAUCAGCACUCUCAAGAAGGCAAUGGCCAUAAUGGAGGUGGCUCAUGGGAAGAAUCACUUGUACUUGACAGAGUUGCGCAAAGAGAUAAAGAAAAAAUAAAGAGAAAGGAAAGAAAUGACAUAAAACGGAUGAUCCCUGAGGACUGCAUACACUCCUUUGAUUGAGGCUUUACAGAACUGAAGGUAUUUUAUGGAAGGUGUUUUUAUGGAAAAUAAAAUAUUUUUGGAACUUUUUACAUCAGUGUUGUGUAUGCAAUAACCUGUUAGUUUGUUGAAUGCGGGAUACUUUUGUACAACACAUGUAUUUGAUAAUCAGUUAUAGAGUAAAGCUGCUUUUUAACUCAUCUACCAUAAUGUGUUUGAUAAUGAUUUCAUAUUUGUUUUGGCUUGUGACCGACAUCAGCUGGACAUCCAUCAGUCAAGUUGUUUACAUAUGUGUGUAGGAGGUCAAUGCAACAAAAUGCCCGUCAACCAAUCAGGAAAGCCGCCUCGCCACAAGGGGCUUAUUAAUACUGCAGAAUGUGUCUGAGUCACAAUGGAGGGAGGACUGUGUUUUGCUUUAACAUCUUGCAUGAGUGUUCUGCUGUGAUUAAUGUCUCCGGGACUUUGUGAGAGACACUCUCCAACACAUGUACAGUGUUACCAAGCUAAAUGAAAAUUCCAAAUAAAUAAAUUUGUGGCCACAGUCUUAAAGAAAAUAAGGCUUUAUUGCAUAAUAAGCAAGUACGACAGCUUCAUACAUGUCUGGGGAGAGAAAAACAAAAGACUUGAUGCACUGAAAACGCAUGUACAAAACAUAUGUACACAUACUUUGAAAGGUAUUUGGGAGUUUUGCCAAAAAAAAUAAAAUGAAGGGGAAAAAUUAAAUAUAAACAAAGAGUGGAAUGCCGUGUGAGAAAAUACUGUCACAAAGAGAACAGAAGUGCAACAAAACACUUAUAUGUCAAGAGAGCAUACAGCUUAUACUUACUUGAGAAUAUAUACAUUGAAAUAUAAAAACGCAUGCAUAGUUUAUUAUGUUGCGGUAUUUUUAGGGUACCAAGUCAAAAAAAAGAAAAAAAAAAGAAAGAAAACUAUAUAAAACAUUUGUAAAAAUCUUCUCUUGCAUGCCCAUUAUGUACAAAGUUACUUUGGACAUGACUGGCUUUUUCAUUACGAUUCAGAAAAAUAAAAAAGUAUAUCUAAUGUAACAUGUAAAAUGAAAUUCUUCAGGAUGUAAUUUACCAGGAACAUGUUCAUCUAUUGGGUUCGGAUCAGAUUAUUAGAAAUGACUGCCUGUUUUUUUUUUUUUUUUGGCAAAGUCAGUUAUGUCACUAUUAUCCUUCAAAAAUAAACCAAGACAUCAGCAUUAUCCUACUGCCAAAUUCUUACCUGAGAGUUAGGUAAAUGAUAUGAAAUGUUAAAGUUGUUCUUAUAACAAAACAUAAACUAUUAAAUACUGAUAUAGAUUUAAUCUUUGCAGGAAAGAAAAA